AUUCUUUUUAUCCAAAUCCUCCUUGUCGGCCAUCGCCCACCCCUCCAGUUGCUUCCUCUGCAAGCUAAUUCUUCUUCAGCUAAAAAUCUCACCAUUUCCCCGUCUUCUUUUUCCGAUUCCAGGGUUUCCUCGAUUCGGAUCUUCUAUACUUGUAUAUAAUUCCUUGGCCGAACAUACGACGAUUUCUCCUUCAGGAUUUCACCUGGUCGGAGUUGAUUUCCCGAAUCCUUGAAUCUUGGGAAUCCCGUGGGAGAGGUCCAGAAACUGUGGCAAAAUUUUCCAGUUUGCAUCCGUGAUCGGUGAUCAAUAGCUAUUGAUCGUUGAUUUCUGUUUAAGGUCCAGUGCUUUUGGAGUCUUGCAGCAAACAGUGUGUGGUCUUUUUGGCACUUGUAUACGUUAAAGCUGGGAAAUGUUAAUUUCUUUGCUGGAUUUGGUUUAGUAGGUAUUGAAGAAGGUAGUAUGGGGUCUCUGCAAGGACCAGUUAUUUGCCCCACGGUUCGAGCAAAGCAAGUAGGAUUUUACACUCUGCCAAUGAUUGGUCCUUUCAGGAAGGCUAGGCUGUUUAGAAGUGAGUUCUUGGGGUUCAAAGGGAUCAGUUGUAGCAAGGCUAAAGUGGGGAGUCUUUCUCACCAUUUACACGUGCAAAAGUGCCAAAGGGUGCAUUGUAGUUACGAUUCAUCCUCCAAUGGGAACGGAAGCUCCGCCGAGAAUUUCGAUGAAAACGAUGAAGAGUAUGUUAACUCUAGCGUGAUUGAAGCUGUUGAGGUGAAGAGUGGGGCAGAUGGUUUUGUGGUCAAAAUGAGGGAUGGUAGGCAUCUAAGGUGCGUCCACAACAACCCUCAUGGUGGGCAUCUGCCAGAUUAUGCUCCACAUCCUGCAAUUGUGUUAAAAAUUGAUGAUGGGACCGGUCUUCUUCUUCCCAUAAUAGUUUUGGAAAUGCCUAGUGUGUUGCUCAUGGCAGCAGUGCGCAAUGUUCCAAUUGCUAGACCCACUCUAUAUCAAGUGGUUAAGGAAAUGGUUGAUAAGAUGGGCUAUGAAGUCAGACUUGUUAGAGUUACUAAGAGAGUGCAUGAGGCAUAUUUUGCUCAGUUAUACCUUACCAAGGUGGGUAAUGGGACAGAGUGCGUCAGUUUUGACCUUCGACCUUCAGACGCCAUCAACAUUGCAGUAAGAUGCAAGGUACCAAUACAGGUAAACAAGUACUUGGCAUAUAGUGAUGGAAUGAGAGUCAUUGAAUCUGGCAAGCUGUUAAUGCAAACUGAUGGCUUAUUAUUUACUGAAAUGGAUAGGCCAAGUGGUCAACCUUGCAUUGAAACAAAAGAGUUUAAUCUUGUGCGCAACAUGCUGAUUGCUGCCGUUGAAGAACGCUACAGAGAUGCUGCUCAGUGGCGCGACAAGCUCAGUCAGCUUCGGGCUAGAAGGAACUUAAAUAACAGCUCUUGGACUGUAUAACGUGUACAUAAAAAAUCGGUUCAAAGUUGACGAGGUCCUCAUCAGGACACUGAUACCCCUACCACAUAUGUAUCUGGCAAGCUUGUGAAUAUAUGUAAAUACGAACUUUAAUGUACCUCUUGAACAUGUGGGAUUCCUUGAAUUUGUGUAUCAUACUUUAGCUGGGUUCGAUGCUAAUGGACUGUUGUAAGUAAGGAUCCUCAGUUUCAUGUCACCGGUAUAUUGCCGGCCGUGCUUUGGAUGCUAGGCAAGCAGCUCUAAGUGAUGUCUGGUUGCAAACUGUUCGUUGAUUCCAUCAUAUCGUUUCUAGUA